AUGUAUAUCUCUACCGCUUCAAUCAUUACCUUGGCCUGCCUGUUGUGGGAGGUAUCUGCUAAGUGCGGCCAAGGAACCUUUAAUGGCAACGGGGAAUACAAAAGGGUGUCGAAUUGCGUAUUAAAACAAAACAAUGUCUACUUUUGCGGCGAUUCUGGAACUACUGUUGUCCACAAGCAGAGCCAGCUUAUGCUCCGAGCUGGCAAAGUCGAUUCAACAGUUCUAGUUGGAUGCGCCAAUUUCAGCGGCUACCUAUACCAUUGUUCGGCAGGAGAAGAGGCAAGAUUUAGGGAGCCUAAUUGUAAGGGAGCAGUCUGGCAAGUUGAAAAUGUUAAGGAGCUUUAA